UAAUGAAGGUCUUCAUAUUUCUAUUGAUAUCUAAUUACUUUGCGGAUAUUUUGACCAGAAACUCGCAGAUGAUAUGUCCUGAUGAUAGAUUUUAUAACAAGGAAACAGGAAACUGCACAGAAUGUCCGCCAGGAUAUUUUGAAUCAAACUGCUCUAAACUGUGUCGAUACCCUAACUACGGUAAUGAAUGCCAGGAUCAAUGCACGUGUAAAGAAGAAUAUUGCAAUCACAUUUUUGGAUGUAUCAAAGAUUUGCGAGAUAUCAAACAAUCCAAAGACAGAGUCAACACCAUCAUUGCUGUAACAGUUACUGGAAUUAUUCUCAUUAUCGUCGCUUUCAUCAUUAUCUCCAUUGCUAACCGAAGAUUCUUCACCAGACACAUCCGGCAAAACGCCCACUACGUCGGCACCGUAAUAGCCGAACAUACGGGGAACACGUAUAACCCUCACUUACAUCGUACAGCAGAGUAUUCUAGACCUGAUGAAACCUGUACUCAAGCCGACAACGGAGUGUAUAUGUUGGCAAACACACUUAAUAGAUAUGAAUAUACUGGUGUUCAGAAAGAACUGAGUGCCUCAAUCAUCUGCAGAUUUACUGCACCCAGAACUUACCAUCAAUUCCCUAGAUCACCUGCCACUGGUGCUUAUUCUACUCUUACCCUUUUUCUUCUUCUAAUGGCUUCCUCUUUUAUUCUUCCAAUCUCAGCCGCUGAAACUAUCUGGAAUUCAGGGAACACGAUUGCUAUAAAGAAACUUUCGUUACAAAAAUGGUUUUUUAACACAUGCAACAAAAUUAGAUACGGAUACAUUAUAAAGAUUGUUCAGCAAAAAUCUGUCUCCUUGAAUAUCAGCUCUCCUGGAUCCUCCACCUUAUCCUCAUCUGUACUCCCAGGGGACUUCCUUGGAUACUUUUCCACUAGUCCCGACUCUACGAUAUAUUGUUCAUGUAUGGUGAAUACUUUAUCUAGCAGAUUACUGAAUUGUUCCCUGUGGGAUGACACAAAAGGCACUUGUAAAGAUUGUAACCCCAGAUUUUCCGGAAUAAACUGUUCACAGCAAUGCAGUUAUCCAAACUAUGGUUUAAAAUGUCAAAGUUUUUGCAACUGUCCAGAAAGUGUAUGCGAUAAUCUCAAUGGAUGUAGCUUUAACACAACCACAAUCUACCCUAUAGGAAAGGAGUUAUCAUCAUGCAGUCCUGGGUAUUUUGGCAUAAACUGUUCCUGGCCAUGCAGAUACCCUAACUAUGGUGAGAACUGUCAAAGUGAAUGUAACUGUGAAAAAAGCUUUUGCAAUGUUACAUACGGAUGUAAUGUGGACGAUGUAAAGCCAACAGUACAAACUACGUUAAAUGAAAACCAUGAUGUUAAAAGAGCUGAUUUCUCCAUCAACAUGCUAACGUUAGGAUCAAUAAUCUCCGUUGGAUUUUUACUUGUGAUUAUUUCAAUAAUAGUAGCUGCUGUUUUAUGUAUGAAACAGAUCUCCAAAAGAAUGCAAAUGUUUGAUAAAAGUAACUACCCUGCAUCAGUGCAUCAUGUCACGAACAGAAGCUUUGAUACCUCAGAGGACAUGGUGAAUUAUGAAGGGCGUCCCGUGUCUUCCUGUGAUCAUUUAUAG